CAUGAUUUCUUGUCUACAUACAUUCCAUUAUUAGGUACAAAAACCAGAGAUAUUUCUCAUCUAAAAAACGGACAUUUUUUUUUUCGAUUUCGGAAAAUUGAGAUUGAAAACGAAAUGGCGGAAAAGGGCAAGUUUCUCCACGGAACACUUGAAAUAACCAUCUUUCGUGCCACGAUUUACAAAACCUCCGUCCCGUUUAAGUGUAUAUCUGCAAAUGGAAGAAGGCCGACUUACGUGACGAUCAAGCUCGACAACAAAACGGUGGCUAAAACGAGCCACGAGCAUGACCGGAUUUGGAACCAAACGUUCCAAAUCCUCUGUGCGCAUCCCGCGCAAACAUCCAUUACAAUAACCUUAAAACGGAGGCGCUCGAUUUUAGGUAAAAUCGAAAUAGAGGGCACAAAGCUCUUAGGCGAAUCGAGCCUCAUAAACGGCUUCUUCCCACUGACGAAGCAAAACGGGAAAACGAACAAGAGGCUGAAACUGCAGUUCAUCGUGUGGUUUAAGCCUGCCGAUAGCGAAAAGAGUUGGGAGAAAGUAAUAACGGAGGAUAGCAAUAACGGUGGUGGAUAUUAUCAAGGCCUGAAAAACGGUGCUGCUUUUCCGAUGAGGUCAAACUGCGGUGUCACGCUGUAUCAAGAUGCGCAUCAUAGUCCCGAGUUUCGACCGCCGUUGGAUCUUUGUGGGACCCCCCGGAAUCUUUGGGAGGAUGUGUAUAAUGCCAUUGAUGGUGCUAAGCAUUUGAUUUAUAUCGCAGGAUGGUCGUUCGAUCCCAAAAUAGCCUUGGUUCGUGAUCCCGAAACAGGCAUCCCGCACGCGCGAGGAGUAAAGCUCGGCGAACUACUAAAGCGAAAAGCCGAAGAAGGCGUCGCCGUGAGAAUCCUACUAUGGGACGACGAGACAUCCCUACCACUAAUCAAGAACAAAGGUGUGAUGAAAACACACGACGAAGACACAUUGUCGUAUUUCAAACACACGCAAGUCUUAUGCAAGUUAUGUCCGCGUCACCACGAAAAAUUCCCCGCCGUCUUCGCCCACCACCAAAAGACCAUCACAACCGACGCACGCGCGAAAAGCGACCCCUCUUCAAGAAACCGCGAAAUCAUGAGCUUUUUGGGGGGCCUAGACCUCUGCGACGGGCGCUACGACACGCAGGAUCACUCCCUCUUCCGAACCCUCAACAAGGAGUCCCACUGCUUCGACUUCUACCAGACGAGCCUCCCGAACGCCAGCCUCCACAAAGGCGGGCCCCGCGAACCCUGGCACGACACGCACGCGUGCGUGACGGGCGAAGCCGCGCUGGACGUCCUCGCGAAUUUCGAGCAGAGAUGGACGAAGCAAAUCGACCCCUCUUCUUUAAUCCCCGUUUCUUCGAUCCAAGAACUCUCCCCACAACAACAUAAUAACGACAAUGCCACCGACAAUAGGAAUUGGAACGUGCAAGUUUUUCGAUCGAUCGAUCAUUUAUCGGCAAGCCCUUUGCCCAAGAAGCUCAUGGGGGCCGAGAGUAGCGUCCACGAGGCUUACGUCGAGGCGAUUCGACGUGCGGACAAGUUUAUAUACAUCGAGAAUCAGUAUUUUAUAGGCGGGAGCUACCUUUGGGAGGAGAACAAGCACUGCGGGUGCGUGAACUUGAUUCCCAUCGAGAUUGCUUUGAAGGUUGUGAGUAAGAUCAAGAAAAAUGAGCGGUUCGCCGUGUACGUGGUGGUGCCGAUGUGGCCGGAGGGUUCGCCGGAGAGCGAGUCGGUGCAGGAUAUACUGCAUUGGACUAGAGAAACUAUGAAGAUGAUGUAUAGAAUUGUAGGGGAAGCAAUUGGAGAGAGUGGCGGGAAAGGGCAUCCUAGGGAUUAUUUGAAUUUCUUCUGCCUCGGGAAUCGGGAGAAACCGGUGAAGGGAGAGUUUGUGCCGCCGUACAAUCCGCAUCCCGGUACGGAUUACUGGAAUGCACAGACACACAGGAGGUUUAUGGUUUAUGUUCACUCCAAGCUCUUGAUAGUGGACGAUAUCUAUCUUCUGAUAGGCUCGGCGAACGUGAAUCAAAGAUCAAUGGACGGAAAACGAGACACGGAGAUAGCUAUAGGCUGCUACCAAUCAAGAAACGGGGAAAAAACCGAAACUAACAACAACAACUACGAAGCUAUUCGUGCAUUUCGUAUGUCUUUAUGGUACGAGCACACCGGAAGAGCCGAACAAGUUUAUCGGGACCCACAGAGUUUGGAAUGCAUCCACACCGUUCGAUCUAUAGGAGACGAGAUGUGGAGAGUCUACAGUCAGGAUGAAGUGGAAGAUAUGGGAGGUGUUCAUUUACUGAAUUACCCUUUAGACGUAACAGGGAAGGGCUGCAUUGAGGAUCUUCCUCAGAACGACGGAAAUUUCCCCGACACGAAAGUACCGAUAAAAGGGAAAAGGUCGAAAGUCUUAUCGGCAAUUUUCACCACAUAAUUACGACGAAAACAAAAAAAAAAUCCAGGCUAUGUGUAUCAAUAUUCUAUUUCUGGUAUAAUCAAUAUAUUGCAAUUAUUGUUUAAAUUAAAGAAAAAUUGUAAUCAAACUUAAGAGCUCAUAAUUUAAUUUAAUUUAAUUUAAUUUUUGGGCCUAUCAUAUCUGUAUACUAUUUGGAAUUAAGUUACCUAUUUUUGAAAUUGGAGAUUUUAUUCCUUAUUUGCCUACAUUAAAUCUACCAAGAAUUCCAGAUUAAGACUGAUUGUUGCAGAUUCUGCAAAACCAAACAGUCCUCAAACAUUGAAUAUAUUCCAAAAUCUCGAAACACAGACAAAAAGAGGUUCAUCUAAUUCUUCUUCGAUUCCAACGAAGAAGAUGAAAACCAUAAAAAACGAGAACUCACCGGAAUUAUGGCUCGUUGUGAUUACCUUGUUUAGUAUUAUGCUAGGAUGUCGGAUCGGCUUAUCGGUCAGACGAGUCUUUGAGGAGGUUUCUUUUAAACAAACUACUAACGAAGUUCCGCAUUAGAGUAGCGAUAAAUCGUUCAUUUUAAUUUCUCUUUCUUUUUUUGUUCUCUGCAGGUCGGAAAAAUCACCGUUCAUUUCGACUCUGAGAAUCUCGAUUCUAGCAUGCAGUCGAGUAACAUGUCUAAAGUGAGUGCAAAUAUAUUAGUAAAACUCGAAACUUAUAUAAAAUUUCAAGGUGUCUGUAAAUUUAGUAAAAUUCGAUAUAUGCAGAUAUACAUAGCCCCAAAUCCAUGCAAAACCGAAGGAUUAACCACACGAGUACUCGCGGGCCACCCAGAUUUUUCAUUACGUGUUAAUGUAGGAAAUGUAAGUAUGUUUUGUUUGCAUACAAGAACUUAUAUCUAUUUCAGAAUU